AUGCAAGAGACAGAGACCCAAACGACAUUCUGGACGACCUCACCCACCACAUCCCUGUCCUCAGGCCUGGACUCCCCAAACAUCCUGGUUCUGAUCCAAAUCCUGAGACUCUUCCGCGUGCUGCAGCUGCUCUCCACCUGUGUGGCCUUCUCCAUGGAGGCCAGCACAGGCACUUGGAUAGGUGGCAUAGGUAGCUGGUCCCUGUUCAUCUGGUGCUUCUGCUUUGUCGUGACCCUCAUCAUCCUCAUAGUCGAGUUCUGCGAGCUCCAGUCCCGCAUCCCCUUCUACUGGUACAAUUUUCCCAUCAAUUACGCCUGCCAUGCGGCCCUCUUCUGUCUCUUGGCCUCCAUCAUCUACUCCACCACCUAUGUCCACCUCUUGCCUCCUGGCCCCACCCGGGACCAAGCCAUCACUGCCAGUGCGUUCUCCUGCAUCGCUGCUGUGGUUUAUGUCACCGAAGUGGUCUGGAUCUGGGCUUGUAACCUGCCUGGUGAGUUCACUGGCUUUACGACUGUGCCAAUGCUGUUGAAGGGGCUGGAGAACUUAGUGGCCUGUGUCAUCUUCGCCUUCAUCAGCAGUCCCUACCUGUACCAGCACCAGCCGGCCCUGGUGUGGUGUGUGGCCGUGUAUGCCAUCUGCUUCCUUCUGGAUAUUGUGGCCCUCCUUCAGGGCCUGGUGGACUGUGACAAUAGACUGCCCUUCUUCUCCAUUUUGCUGUUGGUAAUGAAUCUGCUCUCCGUCCUCCUCUACGCCAGCGCUCUGGUCCUCUGGCCUCUCUACCAGUUCGAAGAGAAGUUGGGAGGCCAACCCCAGCGGUCCAGCGAUGCCGGCUGCAGAGAUGAGGUCACCUACCUUAUGUGCACUUGGGACCAGCGACUGGCUGUGGCCGUCCUGACAGCCAUCAACCUGCUGAUUUAUGUGGCUGACCUGGUGUACUGGUCCCGCGUGGUUUUUGUCAUCAUUAAGGAUCUGCCCCAGGGCUCCUGA